AUGAAUAUUUUGAUUUUAACUAAGAAUCGCUUUUUUAUAUUCAACAAAUCUUUUUGCAGGUUCGAAGCGGAGAUCGCCUCACAGUCUUCUCAUGUCCAGGUAAAUCAUUCGCUUUCUUCGACCCUUCAUUACACUCAACCUUCCACAUUCGCCAUGCCCUAUGUGCCAGGCUCGCAAUUCGCGUCUCCCGGUUUAAUGCCACCAAAUCAUCUUUUAAGUCAUCAAACGGCCCCUGGCGUGUACAUGCCUCAGACAUACGCAAUGGGACCCACCUACAUGUCGCCAGCUGCUCCACCUCCGGUGUGUCAGGCGCCGCAAACGGUGAUUUCUGCUCCCCCACAGAUGGCUGCGCCUUCGGAGUUGGCGGCGGCAGUUCGAGCGAAUAGGGAAGCAGAGGCGGCGGCGAAAUUGGCCGCUUCUGAAGACACCUUUGACGUUGAUGAUGACGUUACUCGCGCUCUUCUUGCUGCAGCCGCUGGAGUCACCUACAACAACCAAACAACUCAGACCUCCUCCUCUACAUCGUCCGUAACUUCGAGUAACAAGACCGUUGUGGUGCCUCAAAGUCUCCUUCCCGCUCAGCUCCUGUCCUCAACCCAACGCACGAUCCCCCGCGUUCCACUUGUGCCCGGUGGAAGCGCCAGUGGCAGCUACCUGGACAGCUCGACAUCCCUGCCGAUGCGGUCAAAGAGCAGUCUGACGGAGGAGCCGUAUUCUUUUCAGAAGAAGGUCUACAAACGCGUCGCUGCUGGCAUGGUUUGGGAGGAUCCAACUCUUGGCGACUGGGAUCCAAAUGACUUCCGGAUAUUCUGCGGUGACCUUGGAAACGAGGUGUCUGAUGAUACCUUGAUUCGUGCCUUUUCCCGGUACCCGUCCUUCCGCAAGGCCAAGGUCAUUGUGGACAAGCGAACGGGCAAAUCACGUGGCUACGGGUUCGUCAGUUUCUCCGAUCCGAACGACUUUACCCGCGCUAUUCGCGAAAUGAACGGCAAGUAUGUCGGGAAUCGGCCAAUCAAACUUAAGAAGAGUGACUGGAAGAAUCGACAGCUUGAGACCUACCGAAAGAAGGAGAAGGCGAAGAAGAAAUUGGGCUUAAAAAUUUAA